CUUAAAUUCCACCUCCCCUUGCUGCUUCUUCUUCCUCAUCCUCCUCUGCUUUCUCUCUCUGCAACUCAGUCUCUCUCUCUCUGUGAGAAAUGGAUUUUCCUGGACUUCUUGUGUUACUCUCAAUCUCUAACGUAUUUUUCAGCGUGCUGUUCUUCCCAUUAGCUGAGCCGAUUCCGAGCCCCGAAGACGACCGGUCGAUCUUCAAUCCGAGUUGCUGUCUCGUUCCAAAGCCUUCUGCUGUUCAAAAGAACCGGACCUGCCGAUCCGUCACUCCCGCCUCUCCUCCGAUUACGAAUUCGGAUUGCGCGAUAUGGAGCGAGGUAUGCUCGGAGGCGGUCUUAGGAUUGGCGAGGGGGCCGGAGACGGCGGAGUUGGUCAGGAGCAUCAGGAGGAAGAUCCACGCGAACCCGGAGCUCGCCUUCGAAGAGUUCGAGACCAGCAAAUUGAUCCGAGACGAGUUGGACCGCAUGGAGAUUAGCUACAAGUAUCCUUUAGCGACAACCGGUAUUCGGGCUUGGAUCGGAACCGGCGGCCCGCCCUUUGUGGCGAUCAGAGCUGACAUGGACGCACUGCCUAUUCAGGAAGCUGUUGAGUGGGAGCACAAAAGCAAAGUUGCUGGCAAAAUGCACGCUUGUGGACACGAUGCACAUGUUGCCAUGCUUAUCGGCGCUGCCAAGAUCUUGAAGACUCGUGAGCAUUUUUUGAAGGGAACUGUGGUGUUACUAUUUCAGCCAGCAGAAGAAGCAGGGAACGGUGCAAAGAGGAUGAUUGGGGAUGGGGCUCUGGAGAAUGUAGAGGCCAUAUUCGCAGUUCAUGUAUCCCAUAUGCACCCUACGGGCAUCAUUGGAUCAAGACCUGGUGCUUUGCUCGCUGGUUGUGGCUUUUUUCGAGCUGUUAUCAUUGGGCAAAUGGGUCGUGCCGGGAAUCCCCACCACUCUGUUGACCCCAUUUUAGCAGCCUCAGCUGCAGUUAUCAGCUUGCAGGGUAUUGUGUCUCGUGAAGCAAAUCCACUGGACUCUCAGGUUGUAUCAGUAACAUCGUUCAAUGGAGGUGACAACCUCGACAUGAUCCCAGAUACUGUUGUCCUUGGUGGCACCUUCAGGGCUUUCUCAAACACAAGCUUUUACUUGCUUCUUCAAAGAAUUAAAGAGGUAAUAGUGGAACAGGCCAGCGUUUACAGAUGCUCGGCGAUGGUUGAUUUCUUUGAAAAGGAGUCCACCAUAUACCCACCCGUGAAUGAUGAGAAAAUGUACGAGCAUGUGAGGAAGGUGGCCAUUGAUCUGGUGGGCCCAACGAAUUUCAGGCUGGUCCCACCAAUGAUGGGUGCUGAGGACUUCUCCUUUUACUCUCAAGUGGUCCCUGCAGCCUUCUUCUACGUGGGCAUAAGGAAUGAGACCUUGGGCUCCAUACACACUGGCCACUCACCUUAUUUUAUAAUCGAUGAAGAUGUUCUACCUUUAGGUGCAGCAGCUCAUGCCACCAUUGCAGAAAGAUACCUUAAUGAGCAUGGAUGAGCAUCCUUGAAUCAGCUGCAUGUUAUGCAGCAAGCAGGCACAAGUGACGUCAAGGAGGGAUUUCGUCGGUGUCUUGCCGUCGUCCUCUAUGAAUUUUGGGUCUGAUGGGGAAGUCAGGCGAUAGAUGGCAAAAAGAAGAACCAAAUAUAGAGCACUUUUUCAUGGAGAUCCAAUUGUAACUAGUACCCUGUCGUUAUUGUUGUUACGGGUAAUAGUAGUAGAUUGUCACUAGACUAGUAGUUCGGCUCUGUUCAAUUAUAAUCAUUCGUCAUUC